AUGCAGGGAAUCGUCCAGCCCAUCCUCUACCGCUCCGAUGUCGAGUUGUUCAAGGGUUACCAGGCCAAGCAUGAGGCGAGAAGACGUGGCCAACUGUCCGGCACGGCCCCGGAUGAGAGUUCCGAAUUCGCAAAGCGUAUCGAGAAAGACAAGGCUUUGACGCGGUCUGGCAACAAUAACGCUCUCCAAUGGGGUUGCAAAUUCGACAGCCGAUUGACGGUGGAGAAAGCCAUCAAGGCGGCACUAGAGGUCUUUCCGGACUACAUCGAUAUGAGAGACUUCGCGGGAAUCACCCCCCUGCAGACUGUUGCACAGAAUGGCAACAUUGAUGUUGUUCGCGCACUGCUCGACGCUGGAUCCUUCGCAGAAGCGCCGUUGAGAGUGACGGCCUUGCCUAUCAAGGACCUCAGAACUCCGCUGACAGCCCGCCAAAUGCGAUCGAACCAGAAGUACCAGUCAGAAAUGGUCCCUAUUCAGUUUGUGCCUGAUGAAUUGAUCUUCCUGGAUGCGCUUGGCCUCGCAAUCAGAGCUGGUCAUCAUUCCGUUGCAAAGAUACUGGCAGAGCGCACGGUCACUGCUCACGAAUUCCCUCUGACCAGCUCAUAUAUCGCGAACCGCUUCGUUGGUCCGGUCUUUAUGGCAGCCAUGACCAGGAAUUCUACCGUCCUCCGCGUUUUACUGGCUCGAGGAUGCGACGCAACGACCAAAGCAGGCGGCUUCGAAGAUGUGUCAGCGCUCCACGUGGCAGCACGCGUCGAGAACAACGAAGGCAUCAUGAGUCAAUUGAUGAGUAGUGGCGCGGACCUUCACGCUGUUGAUGCGAAAGGAAGAACUCCUUUCACUUGGGCUAUCAAACAUGGUUGUGUCAGAAACGCACAGUGGUUGCUCGACCAAGAGGAUCCGACGGAUACCGUACAGCGACUUUGCGAUAUGUUGGCGCAGACCUUUCUCAAGGAUCUCUUCCUUCCUGUCACCAAGAGCCUGGUCGAGCGUUUUGUGGCCCGAGGCGACCUCUGGGUUCUCGACUGGUUCUUGGAGUGUUUCCUCGGUGCCAAGAAGGCCACCGAUUUGCCGCAGACCGUCUUCUACUUGAUCAAUCACCCGGCUAUCUACCCGGCUCUUUCAGCUCAACGAGCAAGACCUGCAACAAACUGGCAGCUCCCCUCAGAACGCUAUGCGACUGCUACAUAUCUCCACCUCGCCAUUACUUCCGAUGCAGGCGAUGACGUUGUUGAGGCGCUGCUCAAUAAAGCAACCGAUGACAUCUACUUCACGACGCGAGACACGCUUGGCGUCACAGCAUUCGAACACGCCAAAUCCACUCGCCCAGGAUCGUGGAUGUGA